AUGCUGGCUACGGUCUCAGCAUCACCGCUGCUCAGUCUCAUCGCCGCUUCAACUCGUCGUGCGGUGCCCUCUGCUUCUCUCCGCCUGCAGAUAUCACGCCCUCUCGCCGGCUUUCUGACCGUCAAAGCCCAAGCCUCCCGUCCGAACAUCCUCGCUCGCCCGGCAUCGACAGCGAUCAUGCCACCUACGAAGUCGCAAAAGUCAGGCAAGGCCUCCAAAGCAGCCAAGGCGAUCCUGCAUCCCAAAUCGACGCUCGCUGCGGUCAAAGCGAACCACGCCCAAGCAGCCGAUUCCACGUCUACAUCCGCUUCCGACGCGGCACCUCGCUCGCGAUCGCCAGCGACGUCGAUCAAGCGGGCCUCAUCAAACGCAAGCCUCUCGUCCAACACCGCCAAGCCGCUGCCUGCUGCCCCAACCUCCGCUGCUCCCGCUGCCAGCGCCUCUGCAGCGCCGCUGCCGUCGGUGCUGGCUCCAGCGAUCAACAAUGACAUUCUGAGCAUGAAGAAGCAGCUGGAUCAGCCCAAGGUCGUGCUGCCUGCAUCUCUGCCGCCUGCAAUCGCAGUUCAGUCCGGUGGGUCGACGUUUGUUGUUCCUGCACCUGCUCCGGUUGCUGACACUGCUGCCGGAGCUGGUGACGCAUCGCCGUACACCAUCGACGAUAGCGCUGCCACCUCGACCGGCGAGCAAACUCACGACGACGCCCCUUCGACCGUAGACUCGACCCCUGUGACGCUCGGCUCGGAGGCCGUCUCCGUGCCUACCUCCUUCGAGACCGUCUCCACCAACUCGCAGGUUAAGAAGGGCAACGAGGAGUUUGCCGCGGAAGUAGCUGCGGUACUUGCUGAAUCGCAGCCUGCACCCGUCGCUGAGCCGCUCGCGGAUGCUGUUGCUGCACCGACCCCCGUCACUGCAGCCAUCGUCGACAAAGCUUCGACGUUCGUCCCCUCCGCCGGCUCCCCUGCCCAACCUCCCGCAGACCCGCUCUCCACUACCGCUCCCUCCCUCACCCGCUCCAUCAGCACCACCGCCGCGGCCGCCGCCAAAGUAGCCACCUUCACCCCACCCGAACUCACCCGGUUGCAACACAACACCUUCGUCUCGCGCCCCACGGACGCCUCUCGCACACCCAUUCGCACCCUCGACCCCUCGGUUCUGCCCACCCCACUGCGUCCCAUCGACCGCUCCAACGGGCUGAAACGCGCCCCCUCGCACGUGCUCAUCUUCGGCUGGAUGGACGCUCCCAUUCGCCUCGUCGCCAAAUACGCUCAACCUUACACGGUGCUCUUCCCCAACGCGACGGUGCUCAUCCAGCUGUCCGAUGGAAAAAGCUACCUGGCACGCGAGCAGGUGCGCCGGGAGCAGAUGCAGAGGGUCAUUUCCGAGAUCACCACGCCUCUUCCUCGACAGGAAAAGGAUGUGGGGGAUUCGACGGUGACUCUGAUCGAUCAUGCCGAGGCGACUGGUGUGGAGGAGGGUGGGUUUGUCAUUCAUAGCUUUAGCGAUGGCGGUGCGGGCAAUCUGGCGAUUUUUCUGGAUGAGAUGGCGAGGCGUAAAGGGACAACACCGAGAGUGCACUCGUUGAUCAUGGACUCGAGUCCUGGCAAGUCGAACCCGAGGACCGGAUCGUAUGCGUUCACCAUGCAUCUGGCGAAUCGACCGAGGGUCAGGGCGGUGGUGCAGUUCCUGGUGUUCAUCAGUCUGUAUCUCAUGAAGAUAUGGGCCAAGGUGACGGGUCAACCCGCGAGGGGAGAGCUGAUGCGGAAGAGGUUGAACUCGUUGAGGAGUUGGAGCUGGGUUACUGCCUCCCACGCAGGGUCGCAGAGGAAGGAGGAGGCGGGAGACUUCCCACCGAGGAUGUACAUGUAUACCAAAGCGGACAAGCUGAUUCCGUGGCAGUUUGUCGAGGAGCACGCGAGGCAUCUGGCCGACGUGCGGAAGACCCAGCCGGCGCUGGUGCAGAUGGAGAAGGAGGGGCAGAGGGAGAGGGUGCUCAGCGCGGUCAAAGAUGGUGCCGAGGGGGCAGGGGCGGAGUACAAGGUGGAGCUGAGGAGGUGGGAUACGCCGGCGCACUGCAGCAUCGGCAGAGCCGACUUUGAGGGCUAUUGGGCGGGUGUCAUGGACUUCCUUCUCAACGUGCUCAGAAGAGAGUAG